CUUAAAAUUUGUAUGGAUCUAAUGUUGUUGUGUUUCGUUACCAUCUAUUCAGAAUAUUACCUGUAAAAUUGUAUUUUAUCUUAAUAUAUAAAACAAAAUAAAGAACUAUCACAUUUAAAAUGAUUUUAAAUAUUUUAGCAGUUGAGUAAUUAUAUAUUGAAAAAAUAUUUUUAUAAAUACUUAUGAGCAUCUUAAAAUUAAUAAAUUAGCAAUGAUGGAAAAAACUAAAAGAUCAUUUGAAGAGGAAAAUGAAAAACUAGAAAAGUCGUUGCCACAAAAGAAAUACUAUAGACAAAGAGCUCAUUCAAAUCCAAUAGCUGAUCAUGAUUUUGAUUAUCCUAAUUGUCCAGAUGCUUAUGAUUGGUCAAAACUUUAUCCAGGAAUAAUUGAUCAAAAUUCAGUAAUUCACAGUAAUAAAGUAGAAAUGUUGGAUAUAGGAUGUGGAUAUGGUGGUCUUUUAGUUACACUAUCACCAAUGUUUCCAAGUAGUUUAAUCCUUGGUAUGGAAAUACGAGUUAAAGUAUCACAAUAUGUCAUUGAAAGAAUCAAAGCACUUAGAGCUAACAAACCAGGUUCUUAUGAUAACAUUGCUUGCAUACGUACAAAUGCUAUAAAAUAUUUGCCCAACUUUUUUAAAAAAGGUCAAAUAAAGAAAAUGUUUUUUCUCUAUCCAGAUCCUCAUUUUAAAAAGUCUAAACAUAAAUGGAGAAUUAUCAAUGAUACUACUCUAUCUGAGUAUGCAUAUGUACUUGCAGAAGGUGCAAUGGUAUACACUGUAACAGAUGUAAAAGAUUUGCAUGAUUGGAUGACUAAACAUUUUUGUGAACAUGGGCUUUUUGAAUCAGUAAACGAAUCAUAUCUGAAAGAUGAUCCUGUUGUAGAAAAACUUUUUGAAAGUUCUGAAGAAGGUAAAAAAGUUACAAGAAAUCAGGGGGAUAAAUUUUUGGCUGUGUUUAAAAGGCUUAAAAAUCAAGAUAUUAAGUGAAGAUUUUGUAACAACUAAAAAGUUUUUUUUGAUGAAAAUAAAUGAUAAAAUGAAUUA